GGAAGGCGGAACCACGUGGUGCCGGAGGAGACACAGAUCCUAUUGUUCCCAAUCAAUUAAACAGGCAGCAGCUCCGGCCGCCGGCUCCGCUCCCAACUCCGGCCUUGGGGCCCCAAGGGACACUCUGUAGCGCCUGCCUGCCGUAGCCUGGGAGCAGCAGACCCUUACGGACGAUGCCGCGGAAGAAGGUGACGGAGGGCUCCGGCCCGGGGAAUGGGGCAGCGCGGCCCGGGAGCAGGAAGAAAGCCGCGGCCUCGGCCAAGAAGCGAUCCCGCCAGGAGUUCAGCAGCGACGACGACGAUCUGGACGGGAGCCCGGGCUCCGACGGGGGAUUCCAGGGCAACAACAACAAGCGGGGCCCCGCCAAGGGAGCAGCCAAAGCCCCCACCGCCGUCAUUGUCACCGAACCGGAGCACAGCAAGGAGAAGAUAAAACUUGAAGGCUCCAAAGCUAAAGGUCAACUUCUGAUCUUUGGUGCCACCAACUGGGACCUCAUUGGGCGUAAAGAAGUGCCUAAGCAACAAGCUGCCUAUCGUAAUUUGGGCCAAAACCUGUGGGGGCCCCACCGAUAUGGCUGUCUGACUGGGGUGCAAGUACGGACUGUGGCCGCUGGUCCCUGCGCAGCUCACAGCUUGCUCAUCACUGUGGAGGGGAAACUGUGGAGUUGGGGGCGUAAUGACAAGGGACAACUUGGGCACGGGGAUGUAAAGCGAAUCGAUGUCCCUAAACUGAUCGAGAGCCUGAAGGGGGAAGUGUUUGUGCAUGGGGCAUGUGGGCGGAACCACACCCUUGCACUGACAGAAAAUGGAUCCGUCUAUGCUUUUGGAGAAAACAAAAUGGGUCAGCUGGGGCUGGGGAACAAGACUGAUGCUGUGCCAAGCCCUGCACAGAUCCUUUAUAAUGGGCAACCCAUCACCAAGGUGGCCUGUGGGGCUGAAUUCAGCAUGAUCAUGGACUGCAAGGGGAAUCUGUAUUCCUUUGGCUGCCCCGAGUAUGGCCAGCUAGGCCACAACUCCGAUGGCAAGUACAUAGCCCGAGCCCAGCGCAUAGAGUACGACUGUGAGCUGAUCGCCCGCAGAAUCGCCAUAUUUAUAGAGAAAACCAAGGAUGGACAGGUUCUGCCAGUUCCCAACGUGGUUGUGCGGGACAUUGCCUGUGGCAUCAAUCACUCGUUGGUACUGGAUUCCCAGAAGCGCGUCUUCUCCUGGGGGUUCGGGGGGUACGGCAGGCUGGGACAUUCAGAACAGAGAGACGAGAUGGUGCCCAGACUGGUUAAACUGUUUGACUUCCCGGGCCGUGGCGCCUCUCAGAUCUACGCCGGAGCCACGUGUUCUUUCGCCGUCAGCGAGAUGGGGGGAUUGUUUUUCUGGGGCGCAACGAACACUUCACGUGAUUCCACCAUGUACCCGAAAACUGUGCAGGAUCUCUGUGGCUGGAAAGUACGGAACCUGGCGUGUGGGAAGAGCAGUAUCAUUUUGGCAGCGGAUGAGAGCACAAUAAGUUGGGGACCCUCGCCCACAUUUGGAGAACUGGGUUACGGGGACAACAAGGCCAAAUCGUCAACCACAGCUCAGGAAGUAAAAACGCUGGAUGGCAUCUACUCGGACCAGGUCUGCAUGGGCUACUCGCAUACUCUGGUGGUGGCGCGGGAUGAAACGGAGCAGGAUAAAGAGAAGCUGAAGAAACUUCCGGAGUACAACCCCCGCACUCUGUGAUGCUGAGCAGCCCCCCUACCCCAAGAGGGCGGGGCCAAGAUGCCGAAAAUGCAAUAUUCCAACCACUCCUCCCCCCCCCCCCCUACAUUGCCCACUUAGUGCUGCCCGCCCCAUAGGCCUCUCCAGCACUAAACCAUUAAGGCAGCUGUAUCUCUCUAUGGGUACCAGGACUUUUUUCUUAUACAUUCCUCCUCCAUUUGCUCUUAUUUCUGGACAGCGGAGUCCGAUGGGGUUAAAAUUUAAGUUUGGGUGGGAACAGAAGACAGCCAAUUGUCUCAAGGGGGCGGAGCUAGACUGGUACCUUAACCCACAAUGCACUAUUAAUCUUUUGCUAUGUCUCUCCCCGGCUGCAUUGUGUCCCCUAUGGAAGUCGUCCUGUUGGGAGGCAGGUAGGUCUGGGAAGGGGCUCAUUGCCUGAUCUUGCCGACUAUCCCCCCCCCCCCCCCCAGAAACUGUGCAGCGACACAUUUAUAUUUGAUUUCAGUUGUUCGGAACAGGUGCCUUGCGAAUGAGCCCUUGCAGUGUGCCCGGUCCCCCUGCCCCAGCCGUGCCGCACUUACGGUGCCUUUACCCCCUGUCUGCGCACACACUGACCCCCGUUGCGCCCGGUUAGCCACCGCCCCCCCCCUGCUCCCGAGCUGUUACAAAGCUUCGUUCUAUGUUAGUUUGUUUCAAUGUAAGAAAUUCAUCUCUUUGUAGAAAGGCAUGACCGUGCCCAAACCCUCUGACCCGGUUAGCCGGCCCCUGGGCUACUACUGUAGAGAAGCAAAUCCUUACUCUAUUGCAUUCCUUAUUGGGGAUCAGGAUUCCAGGUGAAAGUUUCCAGCAUUUUUGUUGUAUAUUUUUAAGUGGAAGUGUAAUCCUCCCCCCCCCCCCCCCCCAGGUCGUUAACUUGUUGAGUAAUUAAUAAAAAUCCUCUGUUACCGCAUUGAGAUUAAUUAGCGGAGGUGAACCCAUUGGCUAAUUAUAUGUGAGAGGGGCGUGUCUAGGCAAGUGAUGUCAUUGCCUUAACCCUCCCACCUGUAGAUCCAGUUUAGGUUAUGGGAAAGCCAUUGUUCUAUUUUUGUAUAGUGGGUUAUUUUUUUUGUACCCUCCCCCCCCCCCCCCAUUUAGAACCGAGGGUGUCUGCCCCCUAGUGGUUAGUAUUACUGUAUAUAGGGAGCGCUUUAUUUGCCCUCGGACUUGAGCGCUAUGGCCCCAAUGGUUUUUUCUGGGGGUUCUGAGUUGCCGCAGCUCUGUCUUCCCACGGGGGGGACUUGGAAUCCUUUUCAUCAGAGGUUACAGGGUUAAUGGGUUACUGUUGUAUCUUUCGGUUUUGAGUUUUAUAUUUCUCGAGUUCACUGUUUAAAUAAAAGACGUCUUUGUGUAU